GCCGUCUCUACCGCCCGCUUCUUUCUAGCAACUCCCGCGCCGCCUAGUGUCCGUGUAUGAAUGAGGUACGCAGGCCUAGCCGGCGCGCGAGCAACCGCAACUGCACCAGAUCAAAUGUAGCAGCAGCAACCUGCUCGCAAUAAUGACCCGGGGAGCCGCCAACAUCCAAUUGCCUAAACCCCAACACGCAAACUGUCCGCUCUUCGUCUUCCUCUUCACUUCUGAACUUAUAGGAUCAACCCCUCUGCAUACCAACUCUUCAUGGUCUCUCCUCUGAAAAUCAAGGCGACGGACGGACGUUCAUCAUUCUCAUGUUUCCUCUUUACACCAUCCCUGUCAGUCAUGCUUUGCUCUGCUCCCUUCUCUCCUACUCUACUUCGGGCCCCCAGGACUUGACCUUGUUCGCUGCCCCGAGACAGACCUGGGCGCUGGGUCUCUGCAGCAACGCAUUGCACGCCUUCACUUAACAGCACGCCUUCCAACCUUUCCCUUUCUCUCUUUCCCUCCACAACCUUGACUUUUCCUCACCACCUCUCAGAGAGGAGCAAGGCGGCCCAAGACCACUCGAGCCUAUCUUGAACAGGUCGCCCUCGGGCAACUUCGACUUACCGGGCAACUCUCAACUUCUCCAGCCCAAACGUUGAACGGCGCCAUUCAGUCAGAGCGGUUUGCACCUUUCCACAACAUUGCUUCUUCAACAUCGCUCCACAACUUCGAAACUCUACGCAUCCGCUUUCACAACCACACUCCAACUGCCCAGUUACCAGUGGUAACAACGACAGCAGGUUUCCGACCAUGGCAACAACUCCCCCUAACGGCCCCGAAGAACCUGGCGCGCCGAGGUAUCAAUGGCCCCUUGAUGGGUCGGACGUCUGGGAAGAAAGCAGUGCUGCCAGCGAUGUCGGGCACGGAAAAGAUGCGGGCGAGGGCUGCGCGCCAGACGAGGACUCUUCGCCUCAUCUCUCCGGCCAAGUCCCAAGCCACGGCCGGUCCAGAAUGCGUAGCGAGGAUGAUAAUCACGAUACCGACAGCUCUGAGCAACACAGGCGAAGCAAGAGGCGCGAGAAGGAGCGAGAGAGAAGGCGCAAGGAGAGGCGAGAGAGAAAACGCCAGAAGAGGCGCGAAAGGGCAAGGCGGCGCAACAACCUGCCUCCCCUGCAUAUCUCCACGGGCUUGACCCCGGCUGGGCGUCAGGAAGCAACCGCCAUCAUCAGCGGCCUCCCGACGCCGGUGACGACCCCCGACCCCGACUGGGAUCCGCCAGUAACCAGCGGCACGAACGACGGCGUCGAUCCUGCGCUCCUCGCGCCGUACCCAUGGAUUCCAGACCCGAUGUGUGAUGCGAGCGUCGAGAGUGUCGACAAGUCCAACGACCCAGCGAGCCUUGAGUCCUGGAUGGCCGAGAUGGCCCACGCCGCCGAGGAGAUGGCCAUAGGGGCGAACCUGGACGCACUCGAGCGCCGUCAGGAGAGCGAAGCGGCGACAGCCCGGAGAGAGGCGGCGAGGCAGAGGGAUGAAGAGGCGGCGAGGCAGGCCGAGGAACCGGCAGCUCGGCUCCGGCUGACGAGACUGCCCCCCGAGGUGCGCCUCCGGAUCUGGCGCCUCCUCUUCGUGGCCGACAAGCCCAUCCUCGUGUACCGCGACUGGACCAUGACGUACCGGCGCAAGCCCGAGCGCCGCAGCACGCGCCUCGCGGCGGAACAGCGCGGCCUCCUGGGCGUCGCCACGGCCAACAACGGCCAGCGCACCGCGCCCGACCAGGCGGCCGACCUGCACGGCGUCGCCAUGCUGCGGACCUGCCGCGCCUGGUACGCCGAGGGCGUGGCGGUGCUCUACGGCGAGAACACCUUUUGCUACCGGCUGCGCGACUCGCGCCCGCCCCUGGUCAACGUCGACGGCCUCGUCCAGCUUGGUGAUGGCGGCGGCGGCCUGCCCGCGCACGCGGACGUCGACGAUGGCUACGACGACGGCGGGAGCGACGACGACGGCGACUACUACCACCCGCACCAGCAUCACCACCGUCGAGGCGGCAGGAGGGCGGCCGCGGCGGCGGCAGCAGCAGCCGCGCUUCAGGCCCGACAGGCGCACAUCAACGUCCGCAAGCACUACUACCUGUUCCGCAGCCUGGCCAUCGAGGCGGAGCCCAACCGAUACUCGGCGAGCACCAAGGCGGCCAUGGCGCAGGCCAUCAACGUGUUUGCGCCGCGCGAUGGUAUACGGCGGCCGCACCUCCGCAGGCUCGUGCUGCGGGUGACGCCCCUGAUGGAGACGCCGGCCCUCGCCGCUCAGGGGGGGAACGACAACAACAACAGCGGCGGUAAUGAUGAUAACGAUGGUGAUGAUGGUGAUGGCAAUGCCAAUGGCAGCGGCAGCAGCUUCGACGACGAGCGGCGCUACACCUUUGUCGACUUCUUCAAGCCCGACUCGCCCGUCAUGGAGGCCGUCCAGAACCUGCGCUGCGACUUCUUCCGCAUCGACCUCAUGUGCCCCUACCGCGACGCUCGUUCCAUCGACGACGGCGGCGGCGGCAGCAGCAGCAGCAGCAGCAGCAGUGGUGGCGGUGGUAGAGCAGGGGCGCUCAAAUCCGGCUGCAGCCUGACGAUUGACCGCUCCGUAGAGAUGAUUCUACGCCGCGUCCGCGAGAGCAGCAGCAGCAGCAGCAGCAGCAGCACCGGCAGCAGCGACGGCGGCGACGGCGACGGGCGCGGCCGACGACGACAGUGGCGACAGCAUCAAUAUCACGGCGACGAAGAAGACCCCUGGGCGAGGGACGAGUGCAUGCUGCUGGAGCGCGUGAACCGCACGCAGCACAUCUGGCGCGUCAUGUCACAGAUAUGGCGGCACGUCACGCGCUUCUGCAAGGACAACGUCACGCGCUCGGCGGGGGGCGGCGGCGGCGAGGACGACGAGGACUGGGGGUUUGGCCAAGGGGGGUGGACGGAGCUGGGGGAUCUGAAUGCGGCUUUUUGA